AUGUUGAUCAACGAUCAGGCGGUAAAGUCCCUUCACGAGGUUUGGUACCACGAAUACUGCAACAUAGCUAGAAAUAACAAAGACGAACUGGCCUACCUUAACCACCCUUCUGACUUUGUCAAUACGGUAACGGAUCCAUUAUGGCUGGCUUUUGAAGCAUGGCUCUACAAGCUCCCGAGCUUCCUCCUGGCGUCUACCGCGACGAUGCGCUUUCUGUUCAAGACUCUCUUCGUAUGUUUCUACGCGUUCUUAUUGCCGAUCCCGGUGAUCUUGUUCUCGCUUGUUCAAGACAUGAGCAGAGCAGCUACAGUCGGGCUCCUUGCUUCAUUCAUGACCCUAUUCAGCGCACCUAUGGCUCUUCGUCCGAGUAAGGCCGACAGCAUGCUUCUUGGUGUCUGCGCUUAUGCGGCUGUACUCGUUGCAUUACUGGCUAAUGUCUGA